AGCCUCCCCGGCAAGAUGGCUGCCUCUUCUGUGGCACUGUUGGCGCUGUCCAUAUGCUUCCCACUGCUGCUGCUGAUCGCGUGGAAGCGCUGGCGGCGGGGGCGUACGGCUCAGCACGUGGCCAUCGUGGUGCUGGGCGAUGUGGGGCGCAGCCCCCGAAUGCAGUACCACGCGCUGUCAUUGGCUGAGCGUGGCUUCUCCGUGACCCUUCUUGGGUUCUGCAACUCCAAACCCCACGAUGAACUCUUACACAGCAACAGAAUUCGGAUUGUGCCUUUGACAGAACUUCAGAGACUUGCAGUUGGGCCACACGUUCUUCAAUAUGGAGUCAAAGUUGUAUUUCAGGCGGUGCACUUGCUGUGGAAGUUGAUGUGCAGGGAACCGGCAACCUACAUCUUUCUCCAGAACCCCCCGGGCCUGCCUGCCAUUGCUGUCUGCUGGUUUGUGGGCUGCCUCUGUGGGAGCAAGCUCGUCAUUGACUGGCACAACUAUGGCUACUCCAUUAUGGGUCUGGUGCAUGGCCCCAACCACCACCUUGUUCUACUGGCCAAGUGGUAUGAGAAACUUUGUGGGCGCCUCUCCCACCUGAACCUGUGCGUGACCAAUGAGAUGCGGGAAGACCUGGCAGAGAACUGGGGCAUCAAAGCUGUGACUGUCUAUGACAAGCCAGCAUCUUUCUUUAAAGAGACGCCCUUGGACCUGCAACACCGGCUCUUUAUGAAGCUGGGCCGCACCUACUCUGCAUUCAGGGCCAGCCCAGAACCCUUGGACCUGGCCACGGAGAGGUCAGCCUUCACAGAGCAGGAUGCCGGAAGCGGGAUGGUGACACGUCUUCGUGGGCGGCCGGCUCUGUUGGUCAGCAGCACGAGCUGGACAGAGGAUGAAGAUUUCUCCAUCUUGCUGGCAGCAUUAGAAAAGUAUGAACAGCUGAUCCUGAAUGGAGAAAGUUUUCCUUCUCUGGUCUGUGUGAUAACAGGCAAAGGGCCUCUGAAGGAGUAUUAUAGCCGCCUCAUUGACCAGAAACAUUUCCAGCACAUCCAGGUCUGUACCCCAUGGCUGGAGGCUGAGGAUUACCCCCUGCUUCUAGGGUCAGCAGACCUGGGCGUGUGCCUGCACAAGUCCUCCAGUGGCCUGGACCUGCCCAUGAAGGUGGUGGACAUGUUUGGAUGCUGCCUGCCUGUGUGUGCUGUGAACUUCCGGUGCUUACAUGAGCUUGUGAAACAUGAGGAAAAUGGCCUGGUCUUCAAGGACUCAGAAGAACUGGCAGCUCAGCUGCAGAUGCUUUUCUCAAAGUUUCCUGAUCCUUCUGGCAAACUGAACCAGUUCCGGAAGAACCUCCGGGAAUCUAAGCAGCUUCGCUGGGAUGAGAACUGGAAACAGACAGUUCUCCCUUUGCUUAUGGACACAUGACUCCUUGGUCCAAAGACUGAACUCCCCUGAGCAUGUGCUGGUGCUGAAUGUCAUGAAAAGGGAGACCCUGAUGCUGAUGUCGACUCCUCUUGGCUCUGCUACCAGAAACCUGGCUCACUUCCCUCCUCCAGCCUCCUUCAGCAGCUGCCCAGUCCCUGGGCAAACUGUUUAUAGCAGCGCCUCCCAGUGGACAAUAGUUGAAAGGACAGAAGCAGGUGCCACCCAUGGAAUGAAGUUAUUUUAUUUCCCCGCGUUCCUUUAAACUUCUCAAGAGGCAAAUUCUGGCAGUUUCACAUUUUGGUCAAUUAAAAAAAAAAAAUCCUGUGGUUAUUUAUAAGUUGCCAGUCUCAAGUUAGGACAGGUUGGUGAGGGCAGUAAGAAAGUUUUCAUUUAAUUGGUGCUGGUCUAGAUGGCUUCCCACCGCUGCGAACAGUCAGUUGCACCUCUGUGGGAGAUGGGCUUUUCUCAGGCUGGCUGCUCUCUCUGAGCCUCCAGUUUGGGGAGGUCCACUCCACACAGAAUCUGUUGGAAGUCCCAUCACUAACUAUAGUCAUCAUUUUUUUUUUUUUUUGAGGAUGAUUUGUUUAAACACCUCCAGAGAGCCAGUCUGUGGGCCUGUGUUCACACAGCAGACUGUCGUAUGCAUUGGGCUGUCACAGUCAGCAACAUUAACACAUGUCAGAAAUGGAGAAAUCUCAAACCAAAGGGCCAAAAAUGGAAUUUUCAGUAAGAUGGGGAAGGUUGUCUACCAUGUUAAGUGCUUGUUCCCAGUGUAAGUUGUCAAGGAAAUCUAUGAAAAAACCAUUUCACUGCUCUUCAUGCUUUAUCAAAGGUAAAAGAGUUGGGGUGAUUGGGACGGUGGAGGGGAGAGGAUUUGUUGUUACGGACUCCUUUACAGAGCACUGCGGUACGAGUCCCACCUCUUAAAGUCGGGAGAGGAGGUAUUGACCUCAGACUUCGUGAGGGAGCACCCGCAGGACUACAGGUGAAGCUAACGUGACCUUUGUAGUACAGGGGAUGCAGUGCUCUGGCACAUCCAAAGAGCUAGACGUAGAUUUACCAGACAAGCUGUCAAUGUUGGGAUUAGAAUGAAGUUAUUUUAAUGACCAGGAACUUGUGGACUAGGAAACUGGUUCAGCCUGGUUGUUUCUUUGGAGGCCCAGGUCACCUCUCUCUUUUCCUCUCCUUUGAGUCUUUUCUUUCCCCCCAUUUAUUACUUUUUGUUAUUUGCCUGUGGCCUAUUCAGCAUCACUUUGCCCCUGUCUUUGUCUCCUGAUAGGUGCCUUUCUCAGCAUCUGCUCUCUUG